CCCCCGCGACUUCGCGAGCGCGAGGCGGCCACCAGGUUCAUUGAACGAACCCACAGCCUCCACCAAUCGCUCUCUGCAUCCUCUGCUUGUUCAUCAGGGUUCUAACUUUUUUAGUUUAGUAGUAUAUCUCACUCAACUGGGCUGCUGGAUUUAUUCCCUCCUUUUUUUCUGGCGCUGGCGAGCGAGGCGACGGAGGACGAAGAAGAACAAGCCGGGCGCCAGAGCAUAAAGAGAGGUGCCGGUGCCCUGCAAAGGGGGGAGACAAGGGAGAGAGGGAGGGAGGGAGAGGGGGCCAGGUCAAGGAGGGAGGAGGAAGAUGAGCAGCGGCGGCGGUAGCGCAGCACCACUCCUCACCCCCUACAAGAUGGGAAGAUUUGAUCUUUCCCACAGGGUAGUUCUUGCACCACUGACAAGGCAGCGAUCCUAUGGUAAUGUUCCCCAGCCUCAUGCCAUUCUCUACUAUCAACAGAGAACAACCAAAGGAGGCCUUUUAAUUGCUGAAGCCACUGGAAUUUCCGACACUGCUCAAGGGUACAAAGAUACUCCUGGCAUUUGGACAAAGGAGCAAGUUGAAGCAUGGAAGCCAAUCGUAGAUGGUGUUCAUGCCAAAGGGGGAAUAUUUUUCUGUCAGAUUUGGCACGUAGGAAGAGUCUCUAAUAACACUUUUCAGCCUAAUGGGCAGGCUCCAAUUUCGAGCACCAAUAAGUCAAUGAAACCUGCAGUAAGAGCCAAUGGCAUAGAUGUGGCUACUUUCUCAACUCCUAGGCAAUUAGAGACUGAUGAGAUCCCUUCCAUCGUCAAUGAUUUCAGGGUCGCAGCUAGAAAUGCAAUUGACGCUGGAUUUGAUGGUGUUGAAAUCCAUGGAGCUCAUGGUUAUUUGAUCGAUCAGUUUCUAAAAGAUCAGGUCAAUGAUCGCAUUGACAAAUACGGUGGAAGCUUAGAAAAUCGCUGCCGGUUUGCGCUAGAAGUGGCGCAAGCCGUAGUUGAUGAAAUUGGAGCUGACAAGGUUGGGAUAAGGCUGUCACCCUUUGCCAGCUAUUCAGAGGCAUCAGACUCAAAUCCAGAAGCUCUAGGUCUGUACAUGGCAAAUGCACUAAACAAGUUAGGAAUUCUCUACUGUCACAUGGUGGAGCCUCGGAUGGCAAAACUUGGUGAAAAGUUUGAAACCCCCUACAGUCUUGGUCCGAUCAGGAAUGCUUUCAAGGGAACAUUCAUAGCCGCUGGUGGAUACACUCAGGAGGAUGGAAAUAAAGCAGUGUCCACUGGCUAUGCAGAUUUGGUUGCUUACGGGCGCUUGUUUUUGUCCAAUCCUGAUUUGCCUCGGAGGUUUGAGAUAGAUGCUCCUCUCAACAAGUACAACAGAGAGACUUUCUACAUCUCUGAUCCAGUUAUUGGGUACACUGACUAUCCUUUUCUUCCAUCAGAUGUCUGAAUGUGCCUUUCGGUACUGUAUUGGUAGGAUGAAAGGAAUACGGCCAUUGAUCUGGAUGCUUAGCUAUCAUGUGUAGUGGCAAAGCAUUGAUAAAAUAAUGUCACUACAGCAAUUUCAGCACUGCGUGUGAAUAAAAGGGAAAAAUAAAGAUAAGUGAAGCAGUUGUUCAUCUGUUGAGAAUUCAAUUUAGUUUACAUGCAACUAUAGUGAGCCAUAUAAUCUCUUGGGGCUUGCCUGUCUCCUUUUGCUCCCAAAUGUGUUCUCACAGUUAUUCAGAUGGUUAACUGUGGGUGAUAAAAUUUGUCAGUGACUGCAAAACUUUUUUGAGUAUCGUGAAAUAUAUUUCACUGACUGGGAUAUGAUAGUAUGGUUGAAAUAACAAGUGGAACAUGUUGGUUGCAUGUAAGCAGACUGCCAUUACUAGCUUAGCAUGUUUCAUGUUUCAGAA